CUCGGAUUUUGAUUUGAUUGUCGGUGUCAAAUUCCCCAACAGAAAAAGCAUCAGUGCCUCUAAACGCGGAUUCCUUCGCAUUGCGGCUCAAAAUUUACUGUCUCUUGUGUUCAAUGACAAAAAGUGAAGCCAAUUUAUAACUUGCCUUGUGCGUAAAGGAUAAAUCAAUGUCCGGUUUCAGUUUCGGAACCCCAACGACGAGCGCUCCGGCGUUCUCGUUUGCUACAACCGCUGCCACAACAACGAUGCCUACAGCAGCGCCUGCGGCUGUUCCUGUCGCCGCUCCUGCUACUGCUACUGCUGCUCCAAUGGGAUUGAGUAGCUUUGGAAGUGGAGCAACGGGGGCUGCUCCUGCAACGGCAACAAUACCUCCUGCAUUCGGAGCAUUGGGCAAACCGGCAACUACUGCUACUGCGACAACCGCAGCGCCAAGUUUCAGUUUCGGGACCACAACGACCCAGGCGACUUCCACCAGUACUUCUACCGGAUUCACACUGCCCGGUGGUACAGCUGCUCCAGCAGCAACAGCGAUGCCAGCAAUGAAACUGCCCUUCGGUGCUGUCUCUUCUAUAAGCUCUUCCACUGCCCCAACGUUAACACUAGGCGGUUUUGGAGCAUCCACAGGAGGAAGUACACCGUUUGCUGCGGCCAAAAUCGUAACGGCCGCAACGCCAACGACGACCGCCGCAACCACCAGUUCUGGUAUGGCGAAACCAGCGGGCCUAGGGGGCGUUGACAUAAACGCAGCAGCACCCAAAUCAGUGGAGGGAAAACCGGACAGCACCAAGGCGAAAGAAUUUCAAGUGCCACAGGAGAUUAUAACCACUGUGGAGCAGCUGAAGGAGUACAUCAAGAGGCAGAAGUCGUUUAGUUCCGACAUAGCACGAACCUCAUCGCGGAAAUUGUACAAUGUGUCAUCGGAAAUCAGCCGCCUCAAUUGGAAUCUGAUCGACAUUUCGAACAGCGUCACGAACAAUCAAUCGGCAAUCAAACUGCUGCGGGCGGAGACUUCCAGCAUUAUCCAGCAGGCGGAUAUGGCCCAGCGGACGCACGAUACACCCGCGGGAUUGCAGUUUGAGAAUACGAUGCCGCUGCAGUAUUUCAUCGAGUUGAUUCAGAAGUACGAAAGUGAUUUGCUGAAUCUCAAACAACAGGUGGAGCUCACGGAGAAGCAUAUGCAGUCAUUGACUGUCCCGCAACAUUUCACCGCGAUGGAUUUGAAACGAGGACUACAACAGAUUCACGAAAGUUUUAUCGCUCUCGCUGGUCGACUGCACGAAACCCACCAAAAAGUGGAAGCGCAGAAAGAGCAGUACAUGAAUUUGCGACGUUAUCUGCUGCGAGAUAAUACGGACGUUUUCGAAACGAAGGGAAGCACUGAAACGUCACCUCCGACCCGGUUCUCCAGCUCGAUUUCUACCGGUCCGACCCCUUUCUCAACACUGAUGGGAACAGUCAACCUGGGUGUGUCCAAGCAGAGCCAGGAUUCAACUCUUUGGCCACGCACUUCCGGCUUCGCACCAAAACCACUCGGGAUGGCCGGCUCAAGCGGAAUGUCCGCUUUUGGGACAACGCUGGGCAACCAAAGUGGUAGUGCACUGGGAAAAACGUUCGAAAGUGCGCCCCCGUUCGGAGCUGGAUCAUUCAAUCUGCAGACACCUCCGCCUGGGAGCAAGCGAAAUAAACACUAGCAUCGAGGAAACAUAUUUGGAGUGUCUGGAUGCAAUUGAAAAUACACAUGUUAAACGA